AUGGAAACUGUGGAAGAAGCGGACUGGCGAGCAAACAAAGACAAUCUUGAGGAGAGCGCCAGCGCCAACAACACCUACUCUGCGCGUAUAAAGCCAAAAGUGCCCUACCCCGGAUCAGUGAAGAAGCCCAAGAAAGAGAAAGAGCAAGCAAAGUUGAAGGACCUUGUGAGCCAACUAAGCGUAAGGCUCCCUUUUGUCGAUGCUUGCAUGAUUAUUCCAUCAUUGAGGAAGUAUAUGAAGAGCAUACUCACUAGCAACUUGAGUCUAGAAGAGGGAGUGAUGUUGAUAACAGAAGAUUGUAGCCUAGCCCUCAAAACAAAACCCCGGAGAAGCUUGAACCCGGGGAGCUUUGUUCUCUCAUGCCAAAUCGGAUCUUUAAACGCUGCCUUUGUGAAGGGUCUAGCGUGA